AUGAGAAACAAUAAUAAUUAAUAAUUCAAGUAUGUCGCUAUCUUAUUUCCUAAAUACAAAAUAGAUUCUGAAAUCUAUUAAACCCUUUCAUCUUAACAAUUUUUAUCUAUUAAUCCAUAAAUCCAAUUAUUACCCAAAAUUCAGCCUAUGUAAAUAAAAUCAUAGCCUAAUUCUCCUGUUAAAGUUAAAUCAAAAAUGUUAACUAUCCUACUAUUACAAUUUAAAGAUUAAAUUGUUUUAAUUAUUACAAUUUAAAGAUUAAAUUGUUUUAAUAGAAUAAAUGCAUUGAACUGUUCGAUAAAAACAUUGUGCUAAAUUUUUAAAUACUAUAAACUAAAUAAAAUAAGAUAAUUUUAGUUAGACAACCCUUGA